AUGGCGUGGCGCUCAUCAGGUGUAUCCCAUCAAGAAUUAAUCGAAAAUUUAUAUAGAAAUGGUUUAAUUAAAAGUCAACGUAUCAAAGAAGCAAUGCUAAGAACCGAUCGAGGAGACUUCACUGAUCGUACAUUCGACGCCUAUGAUGAUCGACCUCAACCAAUUGGUUAUGCGGUAACAAUCAGUGCUCCACAUAUGCAUUGUUUUGGUUUGGAAAUUCUUCAAGAUCAAUUGAAGCCUGGUGCUAAAGUUCUUGAUGUUGGUUCUGGUUCUGGAUAUUUGACAGCAUGCAUGGCUCGUUUAGUUCAUCCGGGUGGUAAAGCAAUAGGCGUUGAUCAUAUUCAAGAACUCGUUGACAAAUCAAUAGUUAAUAUUAAAAAAAAUAAUAAAGAUUUAUUCGACGAAGGUAUUAUAGAAAUUCAUAAAAGUGAUGGUCGACAAGGUUAUGCAACUGAAGCACCAUACGAUGCAAUUCAUGUCGGCGCAGCUGCGCCUGAUACUCCACAUGAACUCAUUCGUCAACUUAAAGUCGGCGGAAGACUUGUAUCACCUGUUGGUAGUACAUUUGGUCAAGAAAUGAUAACAUACGAUAAAAAAGCUGAUGGGUCCUAUGAGGAAAAAAGACAUAUGGGCGUCAUGUAUGUCCCGUUAACCGAUGAAAAACAGCAAUAUGCAAGUGCUGGAAUACGAAAAGACCUAUAG